CUUUUCCGGUCGGAAAAAACCCUGGCAUCGGGAGGCCAGGCGUUUCCACGGCGCCGCCAACCUUGCCUUGGAGCAUCUCCCUCAUCGCCCCGGCUCCCCGCGAUGCUAGGCCUAGCCUCGCCGACGCCAUCCCCGUGAGCACCUCUGUCGCCGCACCAUCGUCGUCUUCAACUCCAUCUCCUUCCCCUCACAAGGUCAGCUCCUGUAGCGCCAGCAAGAAACACAUCGCGAGCGACACAGUGCGAGCGCCCAAGAUUCUCAGGUUACUGCCUCUGCCCCCUCGCCACCAGAAGUAGCUCGCGCGCGGUAGCAGCGUCCAGCCGCUGCCUUGCCUCUGCCCCCUCGCCACCAGAAGCAGCACGCGCGGCAGCAGCGUCCGCCAGCCGCUGCCUUGGAGCCCCGAAACAAAUCCGAUUUCUUGGUCGCAGAUACUGCAGAGGGCGAGAGGUUUGCUUUUGCUCCCUGGGACUCUCAAGGAGCACUCGUUCUAGGGUGAGGUCCUCAGAACAUGCUUUUCGUGCGACUCGUGGUCUUGAUUCUCUGAGUCAGAUCCCCUUCUUUCUUUGUUUAUGCUUAAUUAAUUUACUAGAUCUGCCUCGUGCGACGAGAGGAGCUAAGACGAGAGAAAAAGAUCAGGAAAAGGAUGUGAUGAUGGAUGAACCAAUUUAUUAUGCUUCAGUUUACUUUGUUCGAUUUUUUUCCUAAUUUUUUAAGUACUGUUUAUAGCAUCACAUAUAUAUAUAUAUAUAUAUAUAUAUAUAUAUAUAUAUAUAUAUAUAUAUAUAUAUAUAUAUAUAUAUAUAUAUAUGAAUGAAUGAUGGAUAAAGUUCUCAUUCAAUAUAGUAAAAUAGUGUUUUUGCUCAAAA